AUGUCUGUACUUCAAGCUCAAGUGAACCCGCCUCUAGAUGGAAGCAUCCCAGCACUUCCCGGAUUUCUAGACUUCCAUGCGAAACAUAACCCAUCUCUGCCCGCGUGGGUUCUGCCCAAUCUGGACCCUGCUUCCUAUGAUUAUGCCACCGUCGCCUGGCGAGAGUUCGCCGAUGCUACACAUCGCAUAGCGCAUGCGAUCCGCCCAGGACGCGCCGGUCCCGACCGCGCCGUGGUCGCUGUCUUUGUUAACUGCGACACCUUACUCUACCAUGCGCUCACUGUGGGUAUUGUCCGCGCGGGGCUUGUCCCAUUCCCCCUGUCUCCGCGGAAUUCCGCGUCUGGAGUGGCCAGCAUGCUUGUAGGCACGGACUGCCAUACGAUUAUCUCACAAGCGUCAUUCGCGUCGCUCAUCAAGAGCGUACGAGCAGCUCUUCCCGCUGACUACGCGCUCGAGGUCGAUGACCUUCCGGCCCUGUCAGACGUAUUCCCGCAAUUCAUACCUCCCUCAGCGGCGCCCCUGCCAAUUUCAUCACCGCCGGAGUAUCCGCCUUCUCAGCCGUCGGGUCCGUCUGACAUCGUCCUCUAUCUGCACUCGUCUGGCUCCACUGGUUUCCCGAAGCCGAUUCCUCAGACUGUCACGACUAUUCUGCAUUGGUGUCGUGCUGCGCCCUUGGUUGAGAGCCGGGAUCGCGGCUACCGCUGGGCCUCGGUUGCCCUUCCUCCGUUCCAUACCAUGGGAAUGAUGAUGCAGUUAUAUCAGACGUUGGUUGGCAGUCAGCCGGUUGCGCUUUACCACCCACGCGCUCAUUUAGGAAUGCCCCCUACUGUCCCUACGCCAGACAACGUCAUUGAUGCAGCGCGGAGAACAAAGUGCGACGUCGUGCCUUGCGUGCCUGCAUUCAUAGAGGCUUGGGCACACAACGAUGAGUUUGUAGACUUCCUCGCGUCGACGAAGGGCGUUGCCUACGCUGGAGGUCCGCUCUCGGAGAAGAACGGUACGAAGCUCACAAACGCAGGGGUCGACCUUAUUUGCAUCUACGGUGGGACGGAGUUCGGCGUCCCUUCCGCGUGUUUCGACCUAGAGCCCGGAGCGAAGAACAAUCCUGCCGGCAAAACUCGUGAGGAUUGGCAGUGGAUGCAGUUCACCGACCGAGUCAAGGUACGGUGGGAGCCACAGGGAGAUGGGUCAUACGAAUGCGUGCUCUUAACAUGCCCCACCAACCAACCGAGCAAGGAGAACUUGCCAAACGGCGAGAAGGGAUACGCAACGUCUGAUCUUUGGGGCCCCCAUCCCACGAAGAGCGGUCUAUGGCGCAUUGUGGGUCGCGUGGAUGAUGUUAUCGUGCUCAGCAACGGCGAGAAGAUUGUUCCAUUACAGCAGGAAGGGCACAUUGCUGCUCAUCCAUGGGUCAAAGGUGCUCUGAUGUUCGGGCGAGGACGGGAACAACCUGGCGUCAUCGUGGAGCUGCAUGAACAACAUGUUUUCAUGCCCGACGACGAAGCUGCCCUUGUGAAGCUUCGUAACGCCCUAUGGCCCCAAGUUGACGAGGCGAAUCGCACUGCACCUGCCUUUGGGCGCGUCUUCAAGGAGAUGAUCAUUGUAUCUGAUCCAAGGCGGCCAUUUCCUCGAGCCGCUAAGGGCACCAUUCUUCGAAAGCAGGCAAUUACCCUGUACGAGCACGACAUUGAAGCGUUCUUGAAUGCGACGUUCUUGCGUAACAGGAUCAUCGGAGCGCUUCGUUCGUCUACCAGUCCCGCCAUUGCGCAACUGGUAUCCCCAAACUUCAUCUUCGUUUACCCGACACUACGCGAUCUUGCUAAAGCCGUUGUGGAGCUUGUCCAAUCCGGCAAGACCGGUAUACCCGAGUCGGGUGCGCCGGUGACCGACAUCGAAGCGCUGAUCAAGAAGUAUACCGCCAUGCUUCCCCAGGGACCAGUGACUCCGCACCCGCCCAGCGGCGAGGUAGUGAUCCUAAUCACCGGCACUACAGGCAUUCUGGGGACCCACAUCAUCGUCGAUUUGCUCCGAAAUAGAUCAAUCAAACAUAUUUACGCUAUCAAUAGAGGAACGGAUGUUCGCGAGCGUCAACUUAAUGCCCUUGAUGUUGCAUGUCUGCCGAAGGAUAUCACCGAUGACCCGCGCCUUAGUCUACUUGCUGGAGAUCUGAAUCACGAAAAUCUGGGACUGGAUGUCGUUAUACUCAAGGCCAUUCAAAAUUCAGUUACACAUGUUCUCCAUAACGCCUGGAGGGUAGAUUUCAACCUCGCGCUUGCAUCCUUUGAAUCGCAGAUUAGUGCUACAACCAGACUACUCAGCCUGUUUCCAUCGGCACGCUUCUUCUUCUCGUCGUCUGUGUCGGCCGCGCAAGCAUGGCGCACGCAGCAUACGGGACGAGUACCGGAGGCACCUCUUACAGACUCUGCAGUGGCUCUGGGACCUGGGUAUGGGGCCAGCAAGUAUGUUGUAGAAAACAUUCUGGCCAAUGCACGAAAAACCGGAAUGAAGACGACGUCGUUGAGAAUAGGCCAAUUAUCCGGAUCGGCAACAUACGGCGUCUGGAGAACAACUGAGUGGUAUCCAAGUCUCAUUAAAUCCAGUAUCGCCCUAGGGGGCUUCCCGAAGAUGAGCGGGCUUGUGUCGUGGAUAGCCAUGGAUCAUGCAGCUGCAGCUAUGUGUGACAUCAUACUCGGCACAUACGACGUCCCACUUGUCAACCUGCUACACCCCCGUCCCAUUGAGACGCACGAAGUCAUGACUAUGGUUCACACUGAGCUCGGGCUUGACGUACCUUUCGUAGCUUGGGAAGCUUGGGUAGAAAAACUGAAGAAAGCAGCAGAGCAUGUUUCUUCUCAGGAUCUCCAAGACAUACCCGCCCUGAAGUUGUUGGACUUCUACGACGGCUUGCUAGUCCUCGAGAAACAGACGAAUACCGCUGGCAGUUAUGAUGUAGAGAUAGGAGGUCUACCGUUGUUUGAGACACAACACGCGGAAAAGGCCAGCGCCACUAUUGCGAACCUACCUCGCCUCGGCAAGAACGAAGUCAAAGCGUGGAUGCGCUACUGGAGAAGCCGAGAUUUCUUUCCUUGAUGUUGAUAGCAUCGCAUCACGCUCAUGAUUGUCUUGUCCCCACUUUCAAAGCCGCGCACAAGUUUGUGCCACCAUUAGUGUCUCAGCCGCAUCAUGUAUCGUUAAGUCCAUAUGUAUCAAUCAAUGCGCAAAUAUCCUUAGCCUUGGCUUGUUCAAGCACUA